AUGGAGGCAUGGACAUUCAAUAAGGAUUUGUGGGAGCGCAAUGGUGGCUACCUAGUGCCGUUCACCGACUCGGACUUGAAAUGCUUGACCGUCGCCGCGUCCCACACCGUUGCGACCGUGAGGUGUGCGAUGUACGGUGCCAAGGGCAUCAAUCCUGAGAUCUGCAUGCCCGACGGCGCGAUUUCUAAAGAUUUGGUUCUGGGCAAGGCGUCGUCCUGCAGCAUCCCGAUGACCCAGGGGAUGCCCUUCCUCGUGAUCAAGUGGGAAGUGAAGGAGAAGUUUGAGGGCUUAGCAUCUCUGUUGCAGGAGGCGUUCAACGAGACGCACGCUUCGUACCGCCACGAGUCCAAGAUGCAAACGUUGCAACGUAUCCACAAGGUCCUUGAAGUGGAGCGGGGGGGGGACGGCCCUUUCCUGACUGAGAUCGUCAACUACUCCAAGUGCAUCGGCGACGAGAGGAAGGACGUCUCGACGAAGACCUUCACGGCGCUGGCGGGCGCCCAGCUGGCCUGCGCCCCACGGUGGAUCGUAGCAUACUUGAAGGCGCGCCUCGUUGCACCAGAUACUUUUUGCAAAGACGGAGUGUCUAACAUGAUUACUGGCAGCGACCUCGCCGAGCUGCAGCACACGGGCAAGAAACACGUGCAGGUCAUGGCGUGCGGCGUCGUCUUUGGGGAGGUGGACGCGUUCCUGAAGACGAUCACUGGUUUAGCGGCCGCGGCAGCCGCCAAACUUGCAAGCGAUUUGCAAAUUCGUUGCGUGAUGAUGGUUAUGGCCAAAAAGGCAAAGGGGCGGACGGUAUACGGAACCCUGGACGAGAUCAAGGCCAAGUUCAUUGAGGAGCUGUGCAUCGCGUGCCCACUUGCUGCCAAUGUGACGCCCCCCUGGACCACGGAAAAGGACACUACCAACGCUGCUGCCCCUUCGGGCGGCUUCGUCGAGUACGUCCAGUCUGGUGGGCAGAUGGUCGUCGACGGCAAGGUGAUUACCGACCUCGGCUUCGACGUCGGCGUCUUGGUGAAGGCGCAGUCAGGCGACGACGGCAUCUACAAGAUCGUCGAGAUCAAGGGCUGCGAGGUCAAGCUUUCCAAGGACACCGAUGCCCCGAAGGGCAAGUGCAAGGGCAAGGGGAAGGCCAAGCCCAUCACGAUCACCACGAGCAAGCUCAUGGAUGAGUAUAAGGUGCACGUGCAGUCCGAGAAGUUCGAGAUUAAGGUGGACCCCGCGAACGCCCAGCAGAACCCCAUGAGGCACAAGGACCUCGGCUCCGAGAUGCUGAAGUCGCAGGUGCGCAUUGCUAUCGCCGACCUCUUCGCGAAGCACAUGGGCGACGUGUGCGUCACCAUCGUCGUCGCCAAGACGGGGAAGUCGGUGAUCGCCGACAAGGCGUACAAACCAGGAGAGCUCGUGCUCGUGCCUUUGUGCAGUACCGUAGGGGUUUCCACCUCCGUGCCUACGAACGCUAUUCUUGUCCCUGGCGCCCCCACGUGGUAUAGCAACCUCCACUCUCUGUACCCAGUGCCUAAGUGCGAUCUCCCGCAAGAGGGAUCGGAUGCCAGUGCCGAUACAUUCAUUGUGCCGUACCUCUGCGUCCCUGGGACGCAGGACGCGGCGCUGGCUAACAUGGCCCCCAAGUACAUAGAUGUGCGUUGUCAGCGUGAGGAUUGUUAUCUCAAUUGCACUCUUAGGCUGCCUGUCAUCUCUAGCACUAAGAAGCUUUUGAAGGGCCAGGAGCUGUUCCAGAAAACAGCCGACCCGAGGAUUGCAACGAUCAAAUCGCCCAAGAAAGAUUCCAAGGCUAGCCCGAGCCCCAAGAAGAGGGCCGCGCCAGACGCUUCUGGGCCCUCGAAGUCUCGUAAGUCGCGUUGA